AUGAGAAAGAACGGUAAGCCACGACCAGUGCUUAGACUAAGAUUGCAAAAGCCGAAGAACAGUAAGAAAGUUGUCUGGCAUGAAGGUACCGUUGACAAUGAACAUUUGAAUAAAAAGAAAUCUAAAUGUUGCUGUAUCUACAAGAAACCGACGGCAUUUGGAGAAAGCUCUUCGGAAGACGAUGAAGAAUGUCAGAAUUGUUUUGGCCAUCCAGAAAAACGACGUAAAAACCGUAAAUUUGACAAUCAAGAUAAUCCUCUUUUAGAGCAGAACGAUAAUUUUGACUACCUGCCAGCUGGCAACUAAAGAAAUGAUAAAUCGUAUAAGUCUUGUACAUUGUUAAACAAUUAUUUUCUCUACUUUAUUAGCUAGUAGUCUUCAAUUU